AUGGAUGCUGAAUUCAAUGGAACAUAUAUAACUCUUGGUGGCUAUGUAGAAUUGGACAAGUACAGAUAUCUUUACUUUGUCAUCUUAUUGACACUCUAUAUUCUCAUCCUGUGCACUAAUUGCACCAUUAUAUGUCUAAUCUGGAUUCACAGGAACCUUCAUGAGCCUAUGUACAUUUUCAUUGCAGCUUUGUCACUCAACUCUGUUUUGUUUAGCACUGCUAUCUACCCCAAACUUUUCAUUGACGUCUUAUCUCAAAAACAGAACAUUUCUCAUUCGGCUUGUAUGUUUCAAUAUUUUAUUUGUUAUUCUUUGGGUAUUUCAGACUUCUUACUGCUGUCAGCCAUGGCUUAUGACAGGUAUGUGUCUAUCUGCAAACCUCUGCAAUACCCAACUAUUAUGGGAAAAAUGACUGUUACUGUCUUCUUGACUUUGGCCUGGUUUCUACCCGCAAGCCAGCUUGGAGUGACAACUGUAAUUAAUUCUAAACAAAAACUCUGCGACUUUACAACGGGAGGAUUUUUUUGUAAUAAUAAAAUUUUUAGGCUCCACUGUGUAAAAUCAACUGUUCUUAAUGUUUAUGGUUUGUUUAUCAUGCUAAAUUUUAUUGUUGUUCCUGUGAUUUUCAUCCUUUUUACCUACAUAAAAAUAUUUAUAAUAACGUAUCGCAAGUGUGUAGAGAUUAGGAGAAAGGCUGCAGAGACCUGUUUACCUCAUCUGAUGGUUUUAAUGUGCUUCUCUUGUUUGAGUGUAUUUGAUAUCAUUACAGCGCGACUGGAGUCAGAUAUUCCAAAAAGUGUACGUUCAGUAAUGACGUUGCUCAUAUUUGUGUAUAAUCCUUUGUUCAAUCCAAUCAUAUAUGGAGUGAAAAUGAAAGAAAUCUCAAAACACAUCAAGAGAUUGUUGUGUCAUCUCGUGACCAAAAGCUUAUGA